CUUCAAGCGACCAACAAACAAAGGUGAGAAAGAAAAAACAAAAACCAUCCAUUUCGGAUAGAUUGAAAAGAAACCAACCCACUUUUUUCCAUUGUCCAUUGAAAAAGCAGUCGAACUUAUUAUGAUUUUCCAACAGAAGCAGAAGCCAUGGACCACAUUGCUGGAUUAUACGAAGCACAGUUAGCAAAAGAAAACCCUCGUUCGGGACAGGUGCAAUAUAGAGCAGAAGAUUUGUUUAGGUUUAUAGAUACUUUCAAAGAAUUUGUCGGCCUUGUCUUUGAUCCAACCUCCUAUAAAUACCAGCCACGCGAUAAAGAAUGGAUCAAGGAUCGUUUAAUUGCUCAUUUCAGUGGACAGCAAACGAAUCCACCCCCACAACAGCCAAGACGUUCCAAUAACAAUCGCAAUCGCAGUUACGACAACAACCGUAGCUCUAAUAGACGCUAUUAGUGAAUUUCACACCCAAAACAGUCAUCCAUAAAACCCACCCUCCCUUUGCGGAUGGAACGGUAUACAUCUCUAUCUCUUUUUGCAAAUAGCAGCUUAGAAUGGGGCGGUGCAAUAACAGCAAUACAUAGGGAACGAUACUUUAAAAAAUAAAACACACAUCGUUGACGGGCAAAAGGGAAAGGGCGGGUUUUUUUUUAUUUGAAGCAAUGCAAUCGUGUUAGAUUUUAC